AUGAAGGCUGCGGGCGGAGGUACAGGCUCGAGCCUGGCUCGAGCGAUAAUCAUUGUCUCGGGCGUCUCGGCUCUGGUGGCUUCGUUGUUGUCGAUUCUGUCCAUAUGGCUUCAAACCAAAAACUAUCGAAAACCACUCCUACAGAGAUACGUUGUGCGGAUAUUGUUGAUGGUUCCUAUCUACGCGGUGUCAUCAUGGACUAGUAUUAUUUCGCUAAAGGCUGCCCAAUUUCUGGAUCCAGUCCGUGACAUUUAUGAGGCGUUCACUAUCUAUACAUUUUUCCAGCUCCUGAUCAACUUUCUCGGAGGAGAACGAGCAUUAAUUAUUAUGGCUCACGGUCGCCCGCCAGUUUCGCACGCCUGGCCACUCAAUCACUUCCUGCCAAAGGUUGAUAUCUCAGACCCGCAUACUUUCCUCGCUGUGAAGCGCGGCAUCCUGCAAUACGCCUGGUUAAAGCCGAUUCUAGCGUUUAUAUCUAUUGUGAUGAAAGCAACCGAUACCUAUCAGGAAGGCUACCUUGGGCUCUCCUCGGGAUACCUCUGGACCGGUAUUGUGUACAACGUGAGCGUCACGAUCAGUCUCUACUCUCUCGCCCUGUUCUGGGUGUGUCUGCACGAUGACCUCAUGCCAUUCCGGCCCAUCCCUAAAUUUCUCUGCGUCAAACUCAUCAUUUUCGCCUCCUACUGGCAAGGAUUUUUUCUGUCAAUUCUGCAGUGGCUUGGCGCCCUCUCUAAUGGCGUUGCCGGAUAUACGCCGGACAACCUUGCUGCGGCGAUUCAAGACAGUCUGAUCUGCUUUGAAAUGCCUAUUUUUGCGAUUGCGCACUGGUAUGCGUUCUCGUGGCAUGACUAUGCGGAUCCCACCAUCUCGGCGGCCCGCUUGCCCGUGAAAUAUGCGAUGCGCGACGCCUUCGGGGCUCGAGAUCUGGUAGAAGACACCAGGAUCACUCUUCGCGGGGAGAACUAUGGAUACCGAAUCUUCGACUCGGGUGAUAACAUCAUCCCGCACGCCGAAUCUCAUUCCCGAGUCAAGCGAGUGAUGCACGGCAUGAGAUAUGAGAGGGGCGGGAAGGCCAAGUAUUGGAUUCCUAAACCUGGCGAGGCCAACAGUCGCACCCCACUGCUGGCUGGCGAGGAAUCCAGUCACCGCAGCCGGAGUGAACGGGGCAGCCGCAGCUCGGCCGACCGGUUCCGGUCCUAUGGGGAGAUUGAAAUCGCCCUGGAUGACGAGGAUGAACAGCUCUUUGUAAACGCUCGAGCACUGGAAUUUGGUGACUGGAACUACCCGGUGAUCACUGCCAAUCAAGUACCUCGCGACCAACAAUUGCCUAGUUCCAGGGGCUACCAGAGCUCCAGUACUGGGGCCGAAGUGAAAAAAGCCCGUACCCACCGCAAAGGUCGGGCAUCGGGCGAGAGCAAGCAGAAGCGUGCUUCUUCUGGUCCAAGCUCAGGCACACCCGGUCCCUUGCAGCGAUCCGCCAGCUCCACCAGCUCCCACAACUCGCAUCGCAGCCAGUUAGUCGAUUUGGUGGUAGAGGAUCGAGAGGCUGAAGAGGAAGACCGGGUGCAGACCCAGAAAGAAACUGGCUCCGCAUGGGCGGAAACUGAAACCAGACGAUUCUCGAGACCAUCCACACAACCAAUUGACGAAGGAUCAGAGUCGGAACCGCCGACCAGGGGCGAUGAUCGCCCAUUGGCCUACAGUGCGUUGGAAGAAGAUAAUGUCUGGAAAUAG